AUGGUUUUACAGAUGUGGAAUGAUAAGAGGAUAAGUUACUGGGACGGCUCGGCUGCUGCUGUGGUUGUGGCUCUGACCUACAGCAGCUCCAGGAUGGAUGAGGAACAGAGAAUUCUUGCAAAUACCUCUUCAUCUUCACCUUCAUCAUCUUCCUGGUCUAAAACAGUGAAGGUGUUCCCGGUCGUCACUGGUCAGACCUUUGGUGCUGAUCAGGUCAUACUGGAACAAGUGGAGAACACAGGAUGGUCAACAUGGAAGGUGGAGAUCACUAGAAACCUGCAGGAAUGUGACAUCAUCAUCAUCUUCUGUCCAAUCACGUCUCGUGUUGGAUCAGAUGUGGAGGCAGCCAUGAGAGAGGAUUCAGUGUCAUCUGGAGGUAAACCAGUCAUUCUAGUGCUGAUGCAUCACACCAGAGACCCCGACUAUUCAACCAGUGUCAGAAGAUGGUCUGAAACCUUUCAGAACGUCGUGUUGGAUGUUCACGUUCUCUUCCACGAGACUCAGCCGGGAUCACUGCUCUGUUCAGGAAAUGACCGGGCCGUCAAACUAAUACAAGAAGAGUUAAAGAAACGUAGUAAAGAUCAGGCCGUCAAACUAAUACAAGAAGAGUUAAUGAAACGUUUCUCAGAACUUUGA